CAAUCUGGCGCGCAGGCUGCCACGCAAUGGCGCCGUUUGAUGCUCAUCCGAUCAGCGCAUCCAAAUUGCAAUGGGAUGGAUGUGAAGAGGGGGACGCCAUGGAGGGAAUCUGCUGCACACUGCACAGGCUGAAGCUAGGUGACCCAAAGCUGGCUUUCGCAUUGGCUCCCUUUUGCUCUUUCUAGGUUUCAGUUUCCGUAAGGACUUAAGUUUCGGCUGCCACAUACAUGCGCGCCCGUUUGAGGCAGCUGCAGCGAGGAGACGCUGACAUGUAGCUGACGCGCAAUGGCGUCAACUGCAUUCAUUGCCAGAGUAGGCCGGUCUGCCUUCCUGGCCGGUCACAUUCACCAUUUAGAAGAUACAUUGCCUGCAACUGCCGCCCGCCCCGCAUUUGUGCACCAAAAAACAGCCAGGCACUCAUUUGUAAUCAGGGGACAGCAGUCUCCUUCUAGAAGAUCAGAAGGAAUUCCAAGGCAGGGGUCGGGUCAGCCAGGGUUGAGAACUGUCGGCAGGCGGUCGGCAUUCAAAUUGGCGGGGGAAAGAGUUGGCAGGGGAAUGGGAAUUGGCGCAGCUUCCGGGAACGCUGACCCGGGGGAGCUGAGAGUGGUCGAAAUCAGCUCACAUCAGAAGACAGCAGCCAACCCCUAUGGCUACGCCUGGUGGAAGGUCGCCCUCGCCGUCGCCGCCACCGCGGCCUUCUUCUACCUCUUCACCUCGCUCGAGGCCCAAAUGCACGCCCUCCAAGCCCCCGAUCUUCCAAAGAUCACCAUCCCCGACAAAUGGCCGUGGCCGCAGCUCCGAACGCCAGCGGAGCUCGAGGCGACCUUCAAUAUUCUCGGGGAAGCCGGACGGGGAAUCUACAAGUGCUACAUGGCCCUCGACUUCUUCUUCCCAGUAGUGUAUACGGUGCUUUACUCCCAGCUGUUGGGUUUCCUGGUAGUGUGGUCGCAGUUCUGGGCCCGGAUCCCACGGAACAUGUUUCCGAGCUGGAUCGGAUUGCUUGCAUACACAGUUUUCCCGUGGGACUUGCUCGAAAACGCGGCGGUGUUUUACGCCAUGAGCAAUCCCGGGACGGCGCUGUCGCACAAGGUGGCGGCCGCCGCGGGCUACUUCACGUGGGUCAAGUUUCUGAUGGUCGUCGUUAAUGUUUCGUUCAUGUACAUGGGUCUCCUGCUCGGGGUGUUCGACUUUGUUUUCAAGUUGUUGAGGAAUAGGUAUGACGGGCUGUCUGCUAUCAUUUACAGCCUCGCGCAACGGUAGUAGAUUUGGAACGGGAUUGGGGGGGUUAUGCAGCGGCGCCGGGUGUGUGGGAGGGUCGGUUGUGGACACUAGCUGAGACGCAAAACAUUCAUUCGUUUCUGUGCGGUUCGAUUUGCCUGAUACCGUGUAGCUGAUCCAGUCAAGCGGCGAGUACGAGGGAGCUGCCCCGUUGCGAGUUAGACAAGUUGCGAAGUUUGUAAUCAGUCACCUAGAGGCACUAAGGUUAGAGAAGAGUACGUUUCUACAGUGCUUAACUUUGCGUUAGGUACCCUUUCUUAGCUACAACCCAACAGGUUUGCACUUGAUGUAAUACAGCCCGUCUUUGUAAGCCUCGAUCAUUUUUGAGCACGUCCCUCUCAAAGGUAUUGCAU